UUAGCUUGUUUUCUGUUGUUAGAUUGUUUCCCUGUUGCACAUGGUGCGCAUCGUCUAGGUACGACUCUUGUCGCUGGUAUACCGCUCUGCUGCUGUAUGUGAGAUCGCGACACUCUUACUUCUGCGCGUUUGUGCUAAAUGCUCUUUAGGUUGUUCGCUUGGUUCGUUGGAGUGGAGUUGCUGCUGCUUGCAGUUGAUGAACUUUGUUGCGAGAGCAGGGUUUGGGAAUUUAGACGCCCGAAGAAUAACUGUAAAUACCGUCUGAGAGCAGCAAUUUGAUAUAACCACCUUAUAGAAUGGGUGCUACCGCUCAGAAGGAUGCUCCACCAACCGUUGAGGCUGUUGCACCUGCAUUAUCCGAAGAUACUAGUGAAAGAACCAAUUCAGAUCAGCCGAUCAAAGAGAAGAGUGUGGCUGGUGGUUGCCUUUCUGUGGUCGUGCUGGGUGCAUCUGGGGAUCUAGCAAAGAAGAAGACCUUCCCAGCCAUUUUCAACCUUUACAAGCAGGGGUUUUUACCGGAUGAGAUGCAUAUUUUUGGCUAUGCGAGGUCGAAAAUGACUGAUGAGGAGCUCCGUGAGAAGCUCCGUGGGUACUUGAAACCAGAUAGGAUAGAUCCUGCAAAGGAUCCUGAAGAUGUGAUUAAGCAAUUUCUUAAUAAGAUCACGUAUAUACAUGGGGCAUACGAUGCUGAUGAAAGUUUUAUCCAAUUGAAUGAGGAGGUUUCUCGUCACGAACAAAAGAGGAGUGAUGAUGUUAGUCCCACUCGCAGACUGUUUUACUUGGCAUUGCCCCCUUCAGUCUAUCCGCUUGUGAGCAAGCGGAUUAGUAAGCACUGUAUGAAUCAAAGAGGAUGGACUAGAGUUAUUGUGGAAAAGCCUUUUGGGAAGGACUUGGAGUCAUCUGAAGCUUUGAGCUCGGAGUUAGGAGCUUUAUUUUCAGAAGAUCAACUUUACCGCAUUGACCAUUAUCUUGGGAAGGAGCUUGUACAAAAUUUACUGGUUAUGAGGUUUGCGAACCGCUUCUUCGUGCCUAUUUGGAAUCGAGACAAUAUAGCUAGUGUUCAGAUCGUUUUCAAGGAGGACUUUGGAACUCAAGGACGGGGUGGUUACUUCGACGAAUAUGGAAUUAUUCGGGACAUAAUCCAAAAUCACCUCAUACAGAUUCUGUGUCUUUUGGCCAUGGAAAAACCAAUUUCCCUCAGUCCUGAGCAUAUUCGGGAUGAGAAAGUCAAGGUUCUGGAAUGUAUUAAGCCUUUCAAUGACAAAGAGGUGGUUAUUGGACAGUAUGAGGGCUACAAGGAUGACCAGACUGUUCCAAAUGAUUCCUCCACUCCUACUUUUGCAUCUCUUGUGCUGCACAUCAACAAUGAGCGUUGGGAUGGCGUACCAUUCAUCUUGAAGGCUGGCAAAGCUUUGGAUUCUCGGAAAGCUGAAAUCCGUGUGCAGUUUAAGGACGCUCCUGGUGAUAUUUUUAAGUGCAAAAAGCAGGGUCGUAAUGAAUUUGUGAUGCGUCUGCAACCAAAGGAAGCGAUGUACAUGAAGCUCACGGUGAAGGAACCCGGCUUGGACAUGAGAGCCACGCAAAGUGAGCUAGAUAUGUCGUAUCAUCAACGGUACCAAGAUAUUGUUAUUCCUGAAGCUUAUGAGCGUCUAAUACUUGAUACUAUUCGUGGGGAUCAACAACAUUUUGUGCGAAGGGAUGAAUUGCGGGUUGCAUGGGAGAUAUUUACACCAUUGCUACAUCGAAUAGAUGUCGGAAAGCUUGAACUGAUACCGUAUAAGGAGGGUUCUCGUGGACCAGCCGAAGCUGAUGAAUUAAAUGCACGGGUGGGAUAUAGGCGGACUGAGGGUUAUUGCUGGAAACCACCUACAUUGCAGGUAACAGCCGAAUGUGAAGGAUAUGCAAAAAUCGGAAGAAAGGGAUAGAUACAAGUGAUCAUUUCGCUUGUUGCAUAAAUAAUAUUUCUGAAUGCAGCCCAAUUUGCUGGUGUCUGUAAACUAUACCUUUUGGUGGAUCUAACUUUAGAGCAAUGUAAGUAAAGUGAAAGUUUCAUAUCCUUUCAGGAUGUGCAUGCUACCCUUUCAUGAAUGUAUUUUUCCUCAGUUUUGAGAGUA